GAAACAUUUUUGUAAGUGGGGGGGAGUCGGAGAGAUGAGUCAAGGACAAGUCAACUACCAAUAAAGUCUUCGUCUUCUUCUUCUUCUUCAUUGUCAUGAGCUACACGACGUCUACUGUUGUUCGUCAUUCCUCUCACCUCUAUCCUUCUGAUCUCUGACCUUGUGUGUUUUAUCUGCUACUCUGUUUCAACGAUUUUGAUCUCACAACCAGAGAACAUGAACAGAGGCAGCUUGAUCCCUAAUCCCAUCUCUCUCCCUCCUCCUGAACAGUCCAUCUCCAAAUUCUUAACACAGAGUGGAACAUUCAAGGAUGGAGACCUUAGAGUGAAUAAAGAUGGAAUCCAGAUCGUGUCUCAAUCUGAACCAGGAGCUCCACCUCCUAUUGAGCCAUUGGACAACCAAUUGAGUUUGGGAGAUCUAGAAGUGAUCAAAGUCAUUGGCAAAGGAAACAGUGGUAAUGUCCAGUUAGUGAAACACAAACUCACUCAGCAGUUUUUCGCUCUCAAGGUCAUUCAAGUGAACACAGAAGAAUCGACAUGUAAAGCGAUUUCUCAGGAGCUUAGGAUAAACUUGAGCUCGCAAUGUCCAUUUCUAGUCUCAUGUUAUCAGUCUUUCUACCAUAACGGUCUCGUUUCAAUCAUAUUGGAGUUCAUGGAUGGUGGAUCCCUUGCUGACUUGUUAAAGAAAGUCGAAAAAGUUCCUGAAAACAUGCUCGCUGCCAUCUGCAAGCGAGUGCUACAAGGUCUUUGCUAUAUUCACCAUGACAGGCGAAUCAUUCAUCGGGACUUAAAACCUUCGAACUUGCUAAUCAAUCAUAGAGGUGAAGUCAAGAUCACAGACUUUGGUGUCAGCAAGAUCUUGACGAGCACGAGCAGUCUAGCUAAUUCUUUUGUGGGCACAUACCAUUAUAUGUCUCCAGAGAGAAUCAAGGGAAGUGUGUACAGUAGCAAGAGCGAUAUAUGGAGCUUAGGACUGGUUUUACUCGAAUGUGCAACGGGUAAAUUCCCGUAUACUCCUCCAGAACACAAAAAGAAAUGGAAUAGCGUGUACGAGGUCGUGGACGCUAUUGUUGAAACUGCACCUCCUAGUGCACCUUCCCAUCUGUUUUCUCCAGAGUUUUGCUCCUUCAUCUCGCAAUGUAUACAAAAAGAUCCAAGAGACAGAAAAUCUGCAAAGGAGCUUCUGGAACACAAGUUCGUGAAUAUGUUUGAAGAUGCAAAUCUAUCCGCUUACUUUACCAACGCAGGAUCUUUGAUUCCCCCACUUGCUAACUAGAACCGAGUUUGAGCAAUCGUUUUUACCACCAAGUUCUAGUUCAUAUCCCACUAGAAAGACAAAAUCUACGACAUGUUUUGACUUUAUAAAAGACUAAUCUACAAACUUCGAUUUACUUGUGUACUACUUUCAAAUCACUCUUACAUACACAUCUACAAUUUGUGUUUUAGACAGUAAUAUAUCUUUCAGUUUUCGUAAAA